CGGAGCCCUGCAGUGAUGGGUGGGGGGACAGUAUUGGCUGUGGCAACUGGGGCUGGCGGGGGGGGGGGCAGUGACACGGGACAGAGUUUUCUUACUAAGAGGAGAACCAUUUCCCAGUAUUAACAAGACUGGCAAACAGUCAGUGGCUGGGACACGGGGGGUCAGGAGGUGUGAAAAGGGUGUGAGGCGGGACCAUGAACAGGUGAGCUGACCGGUGGGGAGCCGGGUCCCACCGGGGGAGGGGGCUUGAGGUGAGGAUGGGAAGGAGCAGAGGGGGGAGUGGCCCUGGAGGGGCAGCCCCCCUCACGGGAGACCCCGACUGCCACCGCAGGAAAGGCCUGACCUUUGUCUCCGUGCACGACUGCUUCUGGACCCACGCGGCUGAUGUGGAGGUCAUGAACCAGGUAUGCCGGGAGCAGUUUGUCCGCCUGCACAGCCAGCCCAUCCUGCACAACCUGUCCAGGUUCCUGAUGAAGCGAUUCUGCUCUGGCUCCAGGUUUAGCGCCCCCUCCCCCAGUGCGGCCGGGACCACCCCUCCCUGCCCCACUGGGCCUCACGCCCACCCUGCCCUCCGCCUCAGGUCCCCACAGCACUUGAAGAGCAUGCGGACUGGCAAGCUCCAGGACACGCUGAAGUCGGUGCCUAAGACAGGGGCCUUCGACCUGAAGCAGGUGAAGCACUCCACUUACUUCUUCAGCUGACGCCGCACAGCCGCCCGCCCUGUACCAUAGUGUAAAUAAAGCUGUUGCCACCCAUGG